AUGAUGGUACGGAGGUCCUCCAGUGGUGCUGAAGGUAAAUGUUAUUUUACAGCCGGUAUGCAGCCCAACCUGGAGAGCCUUCGCCGGUUCGCUCAAGAGUCGGAGUGCCUGUGCUGCAACGACAGUGGGUGUGAAGAGAUGGAGCUUGCCGAGGGUGCUCAGAUCGUGUUUGGAGGGACGGGGAGGAUUGAAGGGCCACUGGACCUGUUGUUUCUGAGGAGGAUGAUUGGCAUCAAGUACAAAUACCCUGAGAAAGUUCACCUCCUCAUUGGGAGCAGAGAGAUCGACCUGCUGGAGGCCUGGGUGGACUUCGACAGGCUCGGCCGGUACGUGCAAGGAAACCAGCAGAAUCUGGAUCGACAGGGGGUUGAGGAGGAGGUGAAGAAGGGGGGUUCGAAGAUAUUCAAGGCGGCGUGUGAACAGCAUUUGGGUGAGAGUUCGGAACCCAGGGGAGAGGAGGGUAAGGGAUGCUGUGAAGACUCUCUCAUGAACGGGCUGGAGAAGUUGACAGGCUACGCGCAAGUGAUCGAAGAAUACUUGAGGUCCUGUCGAUUCGCCCAUUACUUCGGGAGGACGAUCUUCAUUCAUGGCUGCUGGAACCUGUCUGUCUGCGCGCUCUUCUCGAAUUACAUGCAGACGGAGAACACGAAGGGCUGCUUUGUAGAUUUCUUGAACUGUCAUUUCUCAGACGCCGUCGACAACCUAUUGGCGACAGCAAGGGCAUCUGGGGACGUCGAGGACGACCUGGAGUACCUCCGCCACGCGGUGAGGUUCUGCUUCAAGGAUAUCAUCCCCAUCGACUUCUUCGACAUCCUCCAGUUCAGAAACGUUGUUUGCUCCCACUCCGUCCUGGGCUUCAUCCCCACCAUCAUCCAGCACGACGACGUCUCCAUCAUAGGGCUGGACUUGUCGGCUCCGACCCACCUCUUGGACGAGCACCAUGACAUCGUAGUCGCUCCCGAGUCCUGCUGCUGCUCCCUCAGCUUCACGGAGGACGGCUGCGCAAGGGUGAAGGCCGAGGCAGGGAGCGACAUCCAGAUCCGGUUCUCCAAGUGCACGUGGGCAGUCAAGGGACAGGGGGAGGAGAAAGUGCAGCUCGGGAUGAAGCGAGACAACCUCUACAUCAUCUCCAAGCUCAGCUACUGCAAGCGACAGUACUACGUCUACCUGUGCUCUUCCAGCCUGCUGGUCUCCCUGGGGCUGUGCAGCGAGCAAGACUCAGACGUCCUCCACUGCAACCACGACGAGGAGGAGGCUGAGGAGGAGGAGACAGGAGUUGACCUACACAACGUUCUUACAACCCCAGGAGGAGGCACUGUCUAUCUGAUCGUUGCCGUCGAGCUCUGCGAGGCUCGCAGAGCGAUGCUGUUCCACAUUCCCCCCGAGUCGCUCACGUUUGCCGGUGCUUCCUCCUCUGCUGCCUCCCUCGCUGACGUUGCCGCUGGCACUCCAGCCAUCAUGAGCAAGAUGAAGGACAAGGACUCCAACCUUUUCUCCCUCCUCUACUCUUGGUUCCUCAGCAACGUCAGCACGCGCCUCGAAGUCGCUCCAGGGGAAGAGUUCAGAGUGGCGUACGAGGAAUCGAAGAAGCUCUCCCCACCAUCCUCUUUCCUUCUCAUCGACCGGCCAGUUCACAUCACCGUUGCUCGUAUGUGGGCGGGCAUCACAACGUGGGAAAAGCUCAAGUUGUGUUGGAUGCUGGUGAGGGAGACGCUCCUGAUCCCGUCAGGUUCAGCUCCCCUGCCCUUGUGCGAUGAGCCUGACGGGAAGUUGCCAGCCGACGAGCUCAACGAGAUGGUGGAGAGCUUGAAGCAGACAGACGCUAUGACGAUGGCCGUGAUGGAGCUGGGAUCGAAGUUUCCGGGGCUGAUUGAGCCCCUGAUGACCGAGAGGGACCAGUACCUCUGCUACAUGCUGAGGAAGAAGGCCCAGUCGGUGUCGGAAGGAGUCAGGAUCGUCGCUGUGGUGGGAGCAGGUCACAUCGCAGGCAUCAAGAAGUUCUGGGAGGAGCCGAUAGACUUGCGCAAGAUUUGCUGCCUGCCGGUGUCCAGCAGGCCGCACCCAGCCACGAGGAUCUUCCGGGGGUUCGCACUCGGAGCGACCGUUGUAACCGGGUUUCUAGUCUCCUCCUACUCCUACAGGCUUUCUGCCAGGCUCAUUGUCCGGCUCUCGAGGCUGCUGAGGGGAUGA